AACAGCCGUGGUAGAUUAAGCAACGUGCUAUUUUUUUUAGACAGCUAGCUAGCAUAUUGAGUUACGUUUGCAGAAAUCAGCCUCAUGGAGCGCCAGUCUUCUGAAGAAGGAAGGAAUGGCGUUCGCAAUGACGGGCCAGCGUCAGCCGACGACGAUACAAUACGUGCACAGCAAAGACCGACGCACGAAGCGGCCAAGCCAACUUUCCAAGAAGGAUCAGAUCGCUUUUUGACAGAUUCGUCUGGAAGCGAUUCUAGCUUAAAACCGUCUGCCAACUACAGCAACCGCGACAAUCACUCUACAAAUACCAAAUUGAAUAGCGUACAAUCCGCUCCACAACAGCCACUUAGAGAAAACAUGAUCGAUGCGGCUGUAGCAUUUCUCAAAAAUCCCCGUAUAAAGUCGAGUCCCCUGGACCAAAAAAUUUCGUUUCUUCUUCAGAAAAAAGGCCUGACCGAAGCGGAGCUAGAAAUCGCCCUGACGAGAGCAGGCUUCAGCAACAGUACGAGAAGCUCGCGAGAAUCGGCUGCCAACAGGAAUUCCGAAUACGGGUCUCAAUCCAGGCCUCCAUCCAACCCUUCCGUGCCUCAUUAUGUUCCUUAUACCCCAGCGACCAACCAAGGAUUUUUAUCGCUACGUGCAAUUGGCCUCAUCGUCUUUGUGUGUAUGAGCAUUCAUUCUGUCGUCUCAUAUCUGAUUAAAAAAUUCAUGGCCCGGUUUUAUUGGCCUGAGAAAUCGACUUUAGCUCAACGAAUAACCGCUCUGGAAGCUCAAGUCAGAGCUACCGAGCGACUUGUAUCAUCUCAAGUAGGUGAAUUUCUAGAAGCACUAAAUUUGGUCAAAAAGUGCUUAAAAAUUCAAAAAAAAGAGUAUGAAGAUUCUCAAAAACUUCUCGUCCUACAACAAGAAGAAGGAGAUUAUAAACUUUCAGAAUUAAAAAAGAGCAUUUCAACUCUAAGGCAUCUAUUGCCGACUAUUCCUACAAACAGUCAGCUAUCGACACACCCAUCUAAUUUCAAACUACAAAAUGAAUAUUGGGCAGAAGUUAAAAACGAAUUACAAAGUCUAAAAAAUACCAUCAAAUUACUUUCACAGUCCGGACAACUCAAAGCACCUGCUCGUCUCCAACCUCUUACCACCUCUAAAGCAAUACACCCAGAACUAUCGCCCACGGAAUCUCCUUCAAUCUCUUCUAAUGCCUGUCAAACGUCCACCCUUGCCUCUGUCAACGAUAAUAACCAAAACGAUAAAUGCAUUCCCGAAUCACUUCGUUCGCCUGAUAAUUUCAAAAAAAUUGGAAUUCCUCCAUGGCAACGAGAACAAACUGACUCAUCUUCUAGCCCCUCACUAACACUGCAAGCUGCAGCAGGCCAUUCAGACCCGCCACCAUCUUCUGAAAAUUGUGAAUCCUAAACAUCACCCCCAAAACAUCAGUGUUAUUUUUCUUAUGAACGUGACUGCUGCUCUUGACGCAAUCUCAUUUUUGUGCAUUGAGAAUAUAAUUUUCACUCUUUGGUAUCAAAUGACCUAAAAUUUACUGCUCUCCUUUGAAAAAGAUGACUUCUCAACAUACUUUUUCAUCUACAUGAGACGUAGCACACGCGACGAACCUGCGCUCUAUCUAGUUAAGGCGUGUCAA